AUGGCGCGCCAGCGGCGAGGCUGCGGUCUGUCGGCGUCGCCGGAGGUCCGAGGAGAGGAGGAGCCGGUGGCAGGCUCGUGGCGGCGGACGCAGGGGAGAGGAUGCCGGUGGUGGCUGUGGCUGCCGGGAAGCAGCCCUUCAAUGGAGCAGCCAUGGCAGCAUUAUACAAUACAUGAUUUAUCCUUUCAAGACCCUUACCUUACAAGCCUGAAAUUACCAGGUAUCGACAAGCUUGUGACCUCAACUGUUGGGAAAUCGACAAACAUUCUUUGGCAUGACUGUCCAAUAGCUCAGUUUGAGAGGCAGAAACUGCUAAAUCAGAAGGGUUGUGUUGUGUGGAUAACAGGGUUAAGUGGUUCAGGGAAAAGCACACUAGCAUGCGCGCUAAGUCGCGAGCUGCACUCCAGAGGUCAUCUGACCUACAUUCUAGACGGUGACAAUCUAAGGCAUGGGUUAAACCGAGACCUCUGUUUCGAAGCAAAGGACCGUGCUGAAAAUAUACGCAGAGUAGGAGAAGUAGCAAAGCUGUUUGCAGAUGCUGGUCUGAUCUGCAUUGCUAGCUUGAUAUCGCCCUACAGAAGUGAACGCAGCGCUUGCCGUAAAUUACUGCACAAUUCUACAUUCAUUGAGGUGUUUUUGAAUGUCCCACUUGAAGUUUGUGAAGCCAGGGAUCCAAAAGGCUUGUACAAGCUUGCCCGUGCAGGAAAAAUCAAAGGGUUUACUGGAAUUGAUGAUCCUUAUGAACCACCUUCUGACUGCGAGAUAGUGAUACAGUGCAAAGCUGGUGACUGCCCCACGCCUAAAUCGAUGGCUGAUCAAGUUGUGUCAUAUCUCGAAGCAAAUGAGUUCUUACAGGAUUAG